AUGGAACGUGGUAAGGUAGAGAUAGUUUCGGCAGAUGAGUUAAGUGAAGUAGAUUCAUCUUUCAACCAACAAGAAAGUCCGCGUUUCCCUCCAUGGACGAGUUCACAGAUCAAUGCAAUGAUUUUGCUUCAAACUCGCAACAUUUGUGAUAAUACACAGAUGGCGACUUUAAAUGACGAAAUGUGGAAUGGACGCGAGGCUAGACCGUCAGCACCAUUGUUAACAUCAAUGUCAGAACCGAAUAUGAGACCAAUUCAGCAAUGUGACACAAAUCGGACACAGGAAACUGACAAACUGGACCGACUAUUAGAGUUAUUUGCAGACAUGAAACGAGACCUCAGCCAGCGAUUUGAGACAUUGUCCGACCGAGUCACUAAACAGGAAGAAACUUUGGUUACAUUCACACACGAAACAAAAAACAAUAUCACCCGAUGUGAGAAUCAGUUAACUCAAAUAGUUAAUGUGCAGCAGGAAGUGAACACCCGUGUGGAAGAGUUAGCUCAGGCCCACACUUCAGCUAGCUCCACCCAAGAAAAGCUGACUGAAGAAGUGGGAAAUAUUACCCAACAACUUACAAUGGUAGUUCUUGAACAGACCCACCUCAAAGAAAAGAUAGAAAAGUUAGAAGAUCGAGCGGACCUCGCGUCACUAAACAACGACACCAACAUGGCCGAAAGAAUUGUACAUGAAUUUUACAGAGGCGAUUCACGCCAUUCAAAUUUUAUUCAUAUUAGUAACCAAAACCAGCAUCCACCCCAAAGGAACCGUAGUGACGGUGGUUGGUGGAACCAUCCGCCUGCGCGCGAAACAUAUUCAAAUGGAAACGUGUAUGACAGUAGGAACAACCGCAGAAAUUCGUGGAAUAAUAACAAUAAUUAUCACCCAUAUCAAAAUGGUAACUACAAGCAAAAUGAAAAUUACAGACAGUACAACAACAACAAUAGGAGACGUGAGAAUAACCGGUACAACCCGGGCUACUUUGACAGGAACAUGACAUAUAACAGACGUAAUUACCACCAAAACAAUACCAAUCCCAACAAUCACCGACAGAAUAUGUGGAACACACAAAAUUCACGCAUGGCAAAUCAUAACCCUCCACGGAAACCGCCGCCGUUCCCCGGUACAGUUAUGCACUCCCCACCACAAAGCAGCAAUAACAAUUGCGGCGCGCCAUCAGCUGACGCGUGGGCGCCAACCGGCCGGAAUGUAAACAUAGUGGAGCUGGUCAAUGAACCCGGCCAAACACAGCAGACGACGGAAAACAGUCGACGACCGAGCUAA